AUGCGGACUUGUUCAACCUAAGAUCGCCAUAUCUCUUAGCGAUCAAUACUAUUACUUUUGCCAUGAUACAGAACCUUCAAGCCACUCUGAUAGGCUAUGCCAGCGUUCCAGCCCUAGUAGAGCAUGUAAGCACUAAUGACAUCACGCAGUAGCAGUGUAGCAUCUUCAAGGGCCACAUUCCUUUUGCCUGCCGCCGCCCGCCGGCCGUCGCAUUUAUAACGAGAUGAUAAGCAAGCAACCCUUCCUUUGCCUCGGGCCUAUUGCUGCUAGGUAAAGGAUGGUUACCUGUUAGUAAGCUUGUAUCCUGAUUUCCAAUGUCUGGAGUUGUCGGAAACAUACGCCUGAGUCUAUGUACUAUUACUGGAAAUAACUCGAAUCCAUCCAUCUUUUUCCACAUCUCUACCUUACUUAUCAAAUCUAUCAUCGCGCAUCUACCUACCGUCUUGGCAUUGUAAAAUAAGGCUGGGUAGGGCUGAGAAAACUUAGGUACCUUAGGUCCCUUAUGUCUGUAUAAGUCGCCUCGAUAUGCCUUUCCUCUCGUCGCUGUUCGAACGCGCGUCGCCCACGGGAGCUUUCAAUGGAAAACCGCCCGACCGUCUACCGGCUGAAAAUGGGGUGCACAUAUGGCGCGCUGCGGUCAUCAUGCCCUUCUUCACUUUUGCCUUUGUUGCUUUGAGGUUUUAUACCCGGACUUAUUUGUUGAGGGCUAGGAAGUAUACCAUCGACGACUAUAUCGUGGCGCUGAGCAUGCUCGUCUGCAUCGCGCACGCCGUGCUCAUGGCUAUCGCGACGUACAACGGCAUGGGCCUGCACGUAUGGCAGUACAACGAGGAGCUCAACGCGCGGUAUUAUCUCUGGAUCGGGAUCACGUCCGAAUUCUACGUCCUGGGCUUGAUGGGCUUCAAGAGCGCGCUCGUCCUGCUGUACCUCCAGCUGUUCGGCGUGUACGCCAGGUUCAGGUGGGCGUGCUACGGCACCCUGUUCUUCUGCACGGGAUAUCUGUUCUGCAACCUCACGACCGAGUUCCUCGGCUGCCACCCCAUCAGGAAGAAGUGGGAGCCGGGUUUGCCGGGGCAUUGCAUUAAUAGCGUCGCGACGGCUACGUUUUAUGGCGCUUGCAAUAUGGCGAGUGAUUUGGUCAUCGCCAUCUUGCCCCUUACCAUGAUAUGGAGGUUACAGGUGGCGUCGAAGCUGCAGAAGGUCGGGCUGAGUCUUGUCCUGAGUAGCGGGUUUGCUGCUUGGGCAGUGGCUGUCACCCGGUGGGGUAUUUCUACGUAUGACUUGGUCGGAACCGAAGACAGAACGUGGUGGGCCGGCGUCAGCUUCACCUUGAGUAUAAUCGAGAUUAACACGGGCCUCAUCUGCGCUUGCGUUGCCACCCUAGGACCUCUCUGGAAACUGGCGUAUGCGCAAGUCAAGGACUGGACUGGCUGGACCAGCCCCUGCAAUAGCAAGGGAGAAUCUUGGCCGUCCUUCGUGCGGAAACCUCCCCACAGCCAGUCCUCCGAAGAAACUAGGAGGCCGAGCGGGGCUACAGUCGGCGGACACGGGCUCCCUGCUGGUCGGGCGGGUCGUGUGGUAACAUACAAUGGGUCGACGCUGACCUCUAAUUACGAAGACGAAUAUGGUCUGCUGGACGCUUCGGGCUGGCAUCCCCAUGGUAUAAGAGAGGAUAGGUCUUAUAGGAGUAGGGAGGAUGUAUGAGAUAUAUGUGUAUUGAUAUCACGUCUUUGUUUGGUUAUGGCUGGCGCAUAUUAUACCCCAAGUAGCAAAUGAAAACCCUGUUUUAGCAUCGACUUCAGCCA